UAAAUUCUAAUUGCUCUGGGCACACUAGAGAAGGAGAAGCCAAGCGGCUACCAUUCAAAAAAACCAAAAAAAACUACCUGAACCAUUCGCAGAAACAACCAGAGAAAGGAGGGGGAAAAAAGAAACAUCCCCUGCUCCUUUGAAUGCUUUUAGCGCAAUCCCUGUCCAAGCUUCUCCUCCAAUGGCCAGUUCCUUCAUCCCUGAAGCAAUCCACCCAACUUCACGCCCAAAUGGUCGUCUCCGGAGCCAUCUACAAUCCUUUGUCACUAUCCCAUCUCCUCAAAUCCAUCACAGACUGCUCCGAGGCCGGCAGUCUCACCUACGCUCUCAACAUGUUCGCUCGAAUCCCCAGUCCAUCCGCCUUUAUGUGGAACUCCAUCAUCCGGGCCUGCUCUAGGAACCAUUUCCCGAGGGAAUCCAUCCAUUUUUUCCAACGAAUGCUGCACAAGGGAGUGCCUCCUGAUUCAUAUACUUUCCAAUGCUUGUUCAAAUCCUGCAGUCUCUCGUCGUCGUUUCUUGAAGGGCAGAUGGCGCAUGGAGUGUUCAUCAGACUGUUUCCUGAAUCCGAUUCACUUGUCGCGAAUUCUUUGAUUCAUAUGUAUCUGGAAUUCGGGUGGGUUGAUGAUGCAAGACGAGCCUUCAGUGGGACUGACAGGAAGGACGUCGUCUCUUGGACCACAUUCAUUGGUGGGCUUGUGAAAUCUGGAUUCUUGGAUGAGGCCCGGAGGCUGUUCGAUGAAAUGCCUGAGAGAAACGUGAUUUCAUGGACCAGCAUGAUAACAGGGAAUUCUCAGGCAGGACGGGCUGAGGAAGCUGUCCAGUUUUUCAAGAGGAUGCUGUCCGAUGGUGUUGUGCCUGAUGCUGUCACAGUGAUUUCAGUGUUAUCGGCAUGUGCGCAGAUGCGGGAUUUGGAAUUGGGCAAGUGGCUUCAUCAGUUUCUUGCAAAGGAGAACAUUGCUUUUAAUAGUAAUCUCAUUGUUGCUCUGAUUGAUAUGUACUCAAAAUGUGGAGAUAUUUGCUCUGCUCGUCAGGUUUUCGAUUCAAUAGGUUGGAAGGUUCUACAAGCAUGGAAUGCCAUUAUUGAUGGGUAUUGCAAGAUGGGCAAAGUGGACAUAGCUCGAUCCCUUUUUGAUCAGAUGAAUGCCUGUGAUAUCAUCUCACUCAAUUCGAUGAUCACCGGGUACAUCCAGAACAGUAGGCUCAAGGAGGCAUUGCUCUUGUUUGGAAAGCUGUGCACCUCUGGCUUGCGACCCGAUAAAUAUACAGUGGUGGGCUUGCUAACAGCUUGUGCAAGCUUAGGUGCACUAGGCCAAGGCAAGCUCUUGCAUGCUUAUAUCGAAGUGGGCUCAGUUGAGUGGGAUGUUUACCUUGGGACUGCAUUAUUGGAUAUGUAUGCAAAAUGUGGGAAGUUGGACCAAGCGAUGCUAGUUUUUCAGAGGAUGGAUGAAAGGGAUUUGCGGGCUUGGACUGCAAUCAUUUCAGGCCUCGCAAUGAAUGGAAUGGGGGAACUUGCACUCAAGCAUUUCUCUUUGAUGAAGAAAGAGGGGAUUAGACCCAAUGCAGUUGCCUAUAUUGGUGUUUUGACUUCAUGCAGUCAUUCAGGUCUGAUGGCAGAGGGUCGUAAAUAUUUUGAAGAGAUGAAGGCUUUGUACAACAUAGAGCCUGAGAUUGAGCACUAUGGUUGCAUGGUAGAUUUGCUCGGUCGUGCCGGUCAUUUGAAAGAGGCAGUAGAGCUUAUCAAAAGCAUGCCAAUGGAGCCAAAUGCUGUUAUAUGGGGUUCCAUCUUAAGUGCCUGCAGAGUAUACAAGGACAUAGAUUUAGCUGAGAAGGCAGCAAAGCAUCUUCUUGAUUUAGAGCCUCAUGAGGAUGCUGUUUAUGUUCAAUUAUACAACAUAUAUGUGGAUUCAAAAAGGUGGGCAGAUGCUUCCAAUAUCAGGAGCUUGAUGGAAAAGAAAGGGGUUAGAAAGAUGGCAGCUUAUAGCUCAAUCACACUUGGUGGGCAGGUGCACAGGUUCAUUGCUGGUGACCAAUCUCACCCAGAAAUAAUGGAAAUCCAAGUGAUGAUGAGUGAGAUGGCAAAAAAACUGAAGCUUGCAGGCUAUAUGCCUAUCACAUCACAAAUAUCUGUAGAUGUGGAUGAGGAGGAAAAGGAAUUGGCGUUGUUCUCUCACAGUGAGAAGAUGGCAAUUGCUUUUGGCUUAAUGAGAUUAGGUGCUAAUAUGCCAAUUCAUGUCAUUAAGAAUCUGCGGAUCUGUGAGGACUGCCACUUGGCAAUCAAGAUGAUCUCCAAGAUCUGGAGUCGAGAUAUUGUGGUUAGAGACCGCAGUCGUUUUCACCAUUUUCAAGAUGGGCAUUGUUCUUGCAGUGACUUUUGGUGAAGAUAUCUACUAAAUGAUGAAGGAUUGGCUUCAUACCUGUCAAUAUGUAUGAAGUCUUCUCCUUCUUCUGGCCAUAUACUAUGCCAUCCCUACUAACCUUGAUCAUUUCCAAACCAAAUAGCACUACACUUAUAGUGGAAUGAGAUCUGGAGACAACAAAAGUGUUGUGAUACAACCCUUGUGGCAUCAGAUUAGGAUACAAAAUUCGCACAAAGUCUAUGCUGAAUCAGAUGUCCAGGAUUCUUUAGAGGGCAAAUGGGCCUGAGCAGUCAGACUUCGGAGAGUAUGAUAGAAACCAGGAUACAAUUUUAGCAAAAUAAAGGAUAAUUGCAUUGUAUCAGAAGUCUCUACAAGGCAUCAGCUAACAAUAUUAACUAGGAUUUCAUAAGAACUCUUUGCUUCGGUGAUUGUUCAUUUGCUUUGGAGAUUCUAUUGUACUCACAAAUCAGACACCUUCAUUACUGAAAUCAGCAGAUUUGGUGUCUCUAACUAGAUGAUCCUCUUAGGCCAUUCCCCUUUGGUGAAGACAUCCCAAGAACCUCUAGGGUUUGACAACUCUACACAUGUUGGAGAUUCUUCUUACAAUUCACAAGUGGGCCUUGUUCCUUUACCAAGUGUAUGGUGAGAUGCAUAAUGUGCAAAGAAUUAGCAAUGAUCUUGUGCAUUAUAUAUGAAGGAAACUCUGGUAAGUCCAUGGUUAAUCUUUCAUGUCGUCACACAAGAGAAAGAAACAGAAGUUGCUUGUUAUUCUUAUAAGAGUCAGAAUCAAGAAAAGAAAAUAGUGACACUAAAACCCAAAGUAAAGAAUGAAUCUUUUCUCAAAAAUGAUGCAUCCUGUGAUCUUUUCUUCUCAAAAACUUUCGGAAGGCUCAAAUUUUAAUUUUAGUCGAGAAGAAGAAUUUGAAUUGUCCCUUGGGCAGCUCAUACAGCUUGUUCACAUGGCUUCAUAUAUCAAAAGACAACCAAGGACUAUUGCUUGUCGCAGGACAGUUGCUGUGGUCCAGUCAAAAUGCUUGCAUCUUUCAAAACAAGCAAUCUACCACUGAACAAUUGGUGCAGAAAAGCAGAAUGCUGGCAUUGCAGUUUAUUGGUUCCAAGCCUCCUCCCAAGUGUAGUUAGGAGAUUCAGACACAAUUAUAUCUUUGAUUAAUGGCUCAUCUUCACAAACUUUCCUAAGCAUAACCUUUUAUUAAAAGAUACUUGGCACAUGAAAAAAGCUCUGAGUACUUUCAUGGGGGAUGUAGUUCAUACUGAGCAGGAUAUGCUUCCUCCUGUUCUCUCUUUGGGUGGUCCCAUCAAAAAAUAAAAACUCCUGUCUUCUCUUAUUUGAUCGCUGCUGAUGCUUGUUCCUUAUCCUUUCUCUGUUUGUCA